UUGAACGAAGAAGAUGGUCAUCAAGUUGAUGAGGAUCCCAAGAGGCCAGAGAGAUUGGACAAGCUAGAUUUGUUGAAGUAUGCCCAUAAGAAAAAGUUGGAUACAAUCAUCAAUCGUACUCUACCUAGUCAAUCGCCAAUCCUAGACUCAACUUCUAUGGAAUCAUAUAGUAAGUCUCCUAUCUCAAUUCCUAAUCCUAUUUCUAUCAAUGGUGAUCUUGAUCUUCCAAUUGCUUCUAGGAAAGGA